AUGAGAAUAAUUAUCGGUGAACUCCAAAUAGCGGGCGAAAGGAAAUUAUUAUUAUUAUUAUUAUUAUUAUUAUUAUUAUUAUUAUUAUUAUUAUUAUUAUUAUUAUUAUUAUUAUUAUUAUUAUUAUUAUUAUUAUUAUUAUUAUUAUUAUUAUUAUUAUUAUUAUUAUUAUUAUUAUUAUUAUUAUUAUUAUUAUUAUUAUUAUUAUUAUUAUUAUUAUUAUUAUUAUUAUUAUUAUUAUUAUUAUUAUUAUUAUUAUUAUUAUUAUUAUUAUUAUUAUUAUUAUUAUUAUUAUUAUUAUUAUUAUUAUUAUUAUUAUUAUUAUUAUUAUUAUUAUUAUUAUUAUAG